CCUCUCCCUUCUCCCUUGGUCUUCUUCCCCAACCAAACCCACAUCAGACUGAAAAAACCCAUAAUGUCUCUCACCACCAAAGCAACCAUCGCCUCCUUCGGCGGCAAGCUCCUGAAGCUCUCCCACCCCGCCACCUCCACCAAAUGCGAAAUGGCCUUCAACCUGUACCUGCCCCCGGCAGCCCUGCAGUCUUCCGCGUCAUCCACCAAGACCCCCGUCCUGAUUUACCUCUCCGGACUGACCUGCACCGCCGAUAACUGCUCCGAAAAGGGCUUCUUCCAGCAUGCGGCGAGUAAAAAGGGUAUUGCGGUGCUGUAUCCGGAUACGAGUCCGCGCGGAUUGAACGUCGCCGGCGAAAACGACAGCUGGGACUUCGGCACGGGCGCGGGCUUCUACGUCGACGCGACCAAGGCGCCCUACAACGAUGGCUAUAACAUGUACACAUACGUCACGGAGGAACUGCCUCUCGCUGUGUUCGGGGCGUUUCCGCAGCUGGAUAGCUCGAGGGUGAGCAUUACGGGUCAUAGUAUGGGGGGACAUGGGGCUUUGUCUUUGUUCCUGCGCAACCCCGGAAAAUACAAGUCCGUCUCUGCUUUCGCGCCCAUCUCCAACCCCAUCAACUGUCCGUGGGGCCAGAAGGCGUUCUCGGGGUACUUUGGCGAGGACGCGCUGGAGAAGUGGAAGGAGCAUGAUGCGACGGAGCUGGUCAAGGGGUGGAAGGGGAGGUUGGAUGUUUUGAUUGAUGUGGGCACCGGCGACAACUUCUACAAGCAAGGCCAGCUUCUGCCCGAGAACUUCGAGAAGGCGGCCAAGGAGGCGGGCGUCGAGGGCGUGAACAUCCGGUACCAGCCUGAUUACGACCAUAGUUAUUUCACGAUGGCGACAUUUGCGGAUGAUCAUGUGGAACAUGCGGCGAGGUUCUUGUUUGCUUAGUGGGUUUCUCUCUCUCUCUCUAUCUCUCUCCAUAUCUAUCCCUUUGCUUGAAUUGAACGUAUGUAGGAGGAUGGACUAGAAAGGUGUAUUAAAUUCAUGCAUGUGGACUGGACGGUUCUGAUAGUGUCAAGCGAUCGACAGGUGAGAGCGGUGAUUUAGUUUAGUUUAGAUGAUUGGACUGGACUGGACUGGAUUGAAGUGAUGUGGUUCAUAAUUAGAGUAUAUAAAAGAUCAAUCGACAACCGCUCAAACGCUUUGCAUGCAGAUUACCGCCAUGUCAAUGAAGCCAACUCAGAGCGCCC